AUGGACGCCCUUCCGACUCGGUUGGAGAAGCUCGAUGAGCAUCUGGAUGAGCUCUUAAGCAAUCCUGAAAUACCCAUCGACGCAGCUCUCUUUGACCAUGUCGAGCUUCAGAUCACAGAGGCAAACAUACCUCAUCUAAUGCCCCGGCUGCUUCCUAAGGUCGCCUCAAUUCUGAGGAAGUAUCAGAACGACCCCCAAGUCCUAUGUAGUUUAGCCCUCAAACUGCUGCAACAGGCAACCCUGUCCCAGGUUCUCUCUCUCACGUCGGAAGAGGACCUCGCCGGAGCUCUGCAAUCUCCCGCACCAUCGGCCAAUAUUCUUGCCAUGGAAAUACUUGGCAAGGCGGCUGCUACUCCCGCUGAGGUUGCCAUCCUGUCUGUCUCGACGCCCCUAGUUACUGGGUUUCUCUCGUGUUGGCUCUCUUCACCGGAUGUUGGUGUUGGCGAGCGAGGGAUCAAGGUUUUAGAGGCACUGCUGGAAACAGACUGCCCCGCGCCUAGCAAAGAUAUCGGUGAUGGCGACAGCACACAGCUAGCUAAAAGGAGAGCUCCGGGUCAUGGAAAGCUUUGGCGUCGACUGUUCCAAGACAGGGAUGUCUUUGGUUUGCUGAUAGAGCUCCUCGAGGGACAACAUUUCGACAGCACUACUCAGCCACAACAGCAAAGCCUGGCCCACGGUCGGAUUCUCCGUCUAGUCCCCGCUCUGGCACGCAUCAACCUCGCUGGCAUCACGCAAUGUGGUCUCCCAGAAUUGCUCCCCAAAGGAGGGAGAGCCGGUGGUCAGACGGCCGGACCGGACAGCCUACUUCACUAUGUCACUCUACGUAUGGUGGACAUGGAGGACCCGCUAAUGAGACUCUCUCUUGUCGAUUUUAUUGAGACCUUGGUGCUAGAGCUGAGAUCAUCAGAGUACUCGCCAGCAAAGGUAGAGACAUUGCGCGGUCUGUUGAGGGAUGCUACGGCCCUGGAUCGGUCGUUGACAGAAACGCUACGGACGCUACCAAAUAGGACUGAGGAAGCCGAGGUGAUGAUGGAGUGGGUCAAUGAGGUUUUACCCGCCUCUGCUACGAGAGUGCAGUGA